AUGGAUAAAACCCUGUGUAAACAGUUUGAUACAUUGAGAAACUAUUUACCCGAUGACUUAAAAAACCAUGGAUCAAUCGAUUUUAAUCAAAAUGAGAAUAUUAAGUAUUACUGCCCUAAUGGAGAUACAGGAAACACUAAAGAAUGUAAAAAUGAGCUCGAUAAAAUUAAGGCUGGAUGUUUAUGGUUGUUUGAGCAAUUGUUUGUGAAAAAUAAAAAAAAUAUCAGUACAGUUGAAUACAUUAUCAUAUGGUUAAGUUAUAAACUAAAUCAAAAGAAAUAUGACGGAAUCAACAAUCUAAAUGAUUUUUAUGAAGCGCACAUAAAGAAUAAUACACAUUAUACUAGUUGUAAUAAUGGCAGUGGAAAUUGUAGUGAUUUAUUAAAUAUUAAUACAGGAUAUCCAAAUUAUAAGAAAAUCAUAGAUGGAAGAAAGAGAUUGUUGAGUACUAAUUUUGGGGAUAUGUCUAAAUUUUAUGAUGCAUUUAAACCAUUAUGUAAAAUGUAUACUGAACUUAAUGAAAACAACACAAUAUCUGAGAAAUCUAUAGAAAAUGCUAAAAAAUUUGUUGAAAAAUAUAAUGAACUUAAUCCUUCUGAUAUUGGUGAAGAUAGUCCUUAUUAUCAAGUAUUGUCUACAUUAUCAAGUGAUUAUAAUAAUUUAAAAGAUUCUUGUGAUAGUAAUACCGUUGAUUGUAAAAAUAUUCCAUCCCUUACAUCGACAGAAGCAGAAGAAAUUGGUAUGAAAAGUUCUGAAGAUAUUUGUGAUGCUACAUCAAGCUUCUCGAUAGUAAAAAAAUUAAUUCUAGCUUUAUUAAUAUUCAGUGCAAUAACAAUCUUUUUGGGAAUUUUUUUUAAGUGUUCGUUAUUUGUAUUACGGAAAAGAGCUCAAAAACAAUAUUUAAGAGAAAAGCUAAAAAAAUAA